AUGCACGGCAUGGAAAAUAUCGACGAGACAAUCCUUGCAGCCGCGUCGGCAGAUUUCAAUUGGCAAGAGACUCCACCGCCACCGAUAAACCUUGACGCCACGUUCGCGAACUCGUUCGACGCCAGCAGGAUCAGCCUUGGAGAAUUCGCGCAGAGCAGCGUGCCUACAAUUGCGAUCAAUCACUGUGAGCAUGUCCCCAAUGUGGCAUCACCGUUAGAAUCACCAGUACCUUCAUUCUGGUCAGGUACCACACGGGCAUCGUCCCCCGACCUGCCACCCACCUCGGCUCCUUCCCAAUUCGCUUCGAUUCCACCACACCUCCUCGAAUGCAAAUCGAGCACAUCGCCGCUGGAACCACAUACGGCGCCGUCUUGGGAGUUCAUGGCUCAGAUGCAACCAGGGCAGAAGACCGCCGGACGAAGUCGAAGCCAUUCGCGCAACACUUCCCACUCAUCUACCUCCCUUGCGAGCGAUGACCAGGCUAUGUCUCCAAUCCCCGAAGUCGACGAUGACCUCAUGCCAUUCACCACGUCGGCACCGCGGUUGCCACGACAAGGUGUAUUUGCACCCAGCCCGGCCCCUCCAUCAACCACCUCGAGCUACACAGAUCGCAGCCGCGCCGUCUCCACCAUGACUUUACCCAGUCGCUUUGAGGCCGAGACUCUGACCGCUGAGUUCAUGCAGCACAUUGACGCCAGCGUACCGCAAGCGUACGGCAUGGCCGCAAACUCAUUUGCGCAACUGUGCGAGAUGGUGUAUCCAAAUUCCCAGAAAGCUUCUCCGUCAGUUCCAGUUGCGUCCAUGCCAAUGGCUAGGUUCCACGUCUUCAUGGCCAUGGCCACUGGGAUGAAGCUGAGGAUCAAGGACAGCCCAGAAAGCACCAAUGCUCUCCUUGACACCUGCUACGACCUAGCCAUGCAACAGACCACUGCGUCAACAUUUUGGCAAGAGAACGGCGGCAUCGAAGCGGCGCAGAUACUUGUUAUCUUCGCAGGUAUUCGCAAAACCCCCAAUUGCGACCCCGCCCCUCUUCAACAUUCCUUUACGUGGUAG